AUGUUUAUAUUUGUUUUUUUUAUUUUACUUCAUAUAUCUUCAAUAUAUUCAUCAAUUCAAAUAAUAAAAGUUCGUGAAAAUAUUAAUGUAACAAUAAUAUGUGAUUUUAAUAAAAUAAAAUCAAAAUUAUUAAUAAAUUCAUAUUCAUCAUCAUUAAAUACAUUAAUUGAUAAUAAUUUAUAUGAAAAUAUUAUUCUUUGGUAUAAAGAUGAUAUACAUGUUAUUGGUGUUAAUUCAAUAUCAAAUGAUCCUAAAAAAUAUAUUAUUAAUCAACUUAAUAUAAAUACAUAUCAAUUAACAAUAAUUAAUGUUCAUUUAGAAUCAUCAGGUUUAUAUAAAUGUCAAAAUUUUACAGCAAAAGAAGAAAAUCGUUUUCAAUUAAAUGUUAUUGUUCCACCAACACGUCUUCGUCUUAUUUCAUCAAUAAAAAUGCCUAUAACAGAUGGUACAACAGUCAUUUUUAAUUGUACAAGUGAACGUGUUUAUCCAAAUCCAAUAUUUGAAUGGUAUAAAAAUGGUGAACUUAUUCAACGUUCAAUCGGCAAUCAAACAAGUUCAACAUUCUUUUCAAGUUCAUCGAUUUUAACACUUUUACUAACACCUGCUGAUCAUAAUCAUAUGUUACGUUGUCGAGUAUCAAAUGAAGCGAGUAUUCAUGAAACAAAUGUUGAUAUUAAACUUGAUGUUUUAUUUAAACCAAUUAUAAAAAUUUUAUUUAAUGAAAAAGAAUUAAUAAAAAAAACAUUAAAUAUUAUUGAAAAUACAAUUGAAAUAAUUCAUUGUAAAAUAUUAUCAAAUCCAUCAUUAAUAUCAAAUAUUGAAUGGUUUAAAAAUGAUCAAUUAAUUCUUGGAGAAUAUCAAGAACAAUUACGAAUAAAUUUUACUAAUAUAGAAAAUUUAUCAUGUCGAGCAAAAAAUACAGUCGGACAAACAGAUGCACGUAUUAAUGUUAAUAUUCUUUAUAAACCAAAAUUAUCUAUGAUUGAAAAUAUAACAUUAAAUCAAGGUGAUAAAUUACUUUUAAAAUGUUUAAUUAAUGCGAAUCCUUCAUGUCAACAAAUUAAUUGGUUUCAUAAUCAUAAAGAAAUAUUUAGUCAAUCAUGUGGACAACAACAACAUAUAGCUGAAUAUAUAAUAGAAAAUAUUGAUCGUUCACUUGCUGGAAUAUAUACAUGUGAAGUUAAAAAUUUAUUAAAUAUAAGUCUUGAUAAACAAUAUGAUGGAAUAUCAAAUAUAUCAACUGAUGUUCGUAUACAAUAUGCACCAUUCAUAUUAAAUUCUUUUAAUAAAUUAGCAGUUAAAGAAAAUUCUGAUACAACAAUAGAAUGUUUUGUUGAUGCUUAUCCAAAAGCUGAUAUAAUAUGGUUUGGACCAUUUGGUCAAAGAUUAAAUUCAUUUACUAACGAAAAGGUUUACAAUAGUACUGUUAUAUCAUCUGAAUUACAUUUACCAGCAUCAAAUUCAUCAAUACUUGGUGUAUAUCGAUGUGUAGGAAAAAAUAAUUAUGGUCAACAUGAUUUUUCUAUACAAUUUCAACGACCUGGUUUACCUGAUCCACCAAUUCAAUUAGAAGCAAUAAAUAUAACACAUACUUCAUUUAUAAUUAAAUGGAAAGUCGGUUAUAAUGGUGGUUCAGAUCAAAUAUAUCAUAUUAUUCUUAGUAAUAAUAUUAAUAAUUAUACUGAAGAAAAAUUUACAAAUUUAAAUUUAAUAAAAUUUAAAGAUUUAAAUGAAAAAACUCGAUAUAUGAUAAAAAUUCGUUCAAAAAAUCAUAUUGGUUUUAGUGAUUAUUCAACUAAUUUAUUUAUUACAACAAAAGAAUCUCCUAUUCGAUUAGAAGAAUUUCCUAAUAUUGAACAAGCUUAUUAUACAACACAUGAUUAUCGUUUACAUUUUCAAAUAAGUCCUGUACGAUCAAUAUUAAUAUCACUUGAUCAAUUAUGUAUACAAUAUUAUAAUAAUGAUGAUAUAUCAGCAUGUAUACCAUUAACAUCAAUUCAAUUAAUUAAUGAUGGAAUUACAAUAAAUAUUGAACAAAAAAAUUUACGUUUAAAAUUAUGUUUAAUUAAUCAAACAGAUAUAUGUUCAAAAUCAAUUCCAAUUUUAGCACAUAUUCAAUUAUCAAAUCAUCCAUCAGAUUUUAUUUUAAUGUUAAUUGGAGGUAUAUUAGGUUUUUGUAUUGUAUUCGGAUUAAUUAUUUUAUCAAUUUAUAUUCAUCAACGAAAAUAUAAAACAAAAUCUAAAAAUGGUUCAACUGAUACAUUAAAAACAAAUUCAGAUAAUUUUCAUCCUAUAGUACCAGUUCGUGUUCGUGAUACAAAUCCAUGUCUUUAUUAUCCAAGAAAUGAAAGUCGAACAUUAUAUUAUAAUGAUGAAACAAUUGGUAUUUAUUCUAUUCAAGAAAAAAAAAAUUCAAUUUGUUUUGAUUCUGGUAUGCCAUCAACAACAUCAAAUAAUUCAGAUUCAAUUGGUUCACAAGCAUUAUCAUCAUUAGAUUUUUAUGAUCGUUCAGAUGGAGAAUAUCUUGUUAAUGGUAGAAGAUCAAUAAAUAAAAUUCUUUUAUCAAAUAUAUCAACAUAUACAACAAAAGAUAAUCAUAUGAAUAUUUCAAUUAAUGGACGAAUAUCAUCCGAAGAAGAAAGUGACAUUUCUACAUUGAGUAAAUCUCAAAAUGGAAAAAAACUUGUCUAUGAAGUUGUGGUGUAA